UUGUAGUGCCAACAAAGGUAACGUCCUCAAAUUUAAUUCCAAUUUCCCAAUCCCUAUAUCAACCAUAGACCAAAACCAAAACAUAUCUAACUCUUCCUCCAUAUACAAACCACCCACAUUGCUCCUAUUCCAUCACUGAUUCAUUGGUUAUAGUUUAGCUCUCCCCAACUCAUAACAAUUUAUUUCGCUUACAUUAAGAUCUAGAGCUUUUAUUAAAAUGAAGUUGUCAUCUCAAAGACAAUCAGAGGACCCAAAUUAUGAUAUAUGUGCCCUUUGUGGAUAUGGGGGAGAUUUAAUUUGCUGUGAUAGUUGUCCUUCGUCUUUUCAUCUAACUUGUUUAGAUAUGAAAGAGCUUCCAUUGGGUGACUGGAACUGUGGUUACUGUUCGUGUCAAUAUUGUAGUAAAAUUGAAAAAAGUGUAAAAAGAUAUACUAAAAAUAAUCCUAAUGAUGGAUUGAUCGUAUGUCUAUCAUGUAGAAAAAGAUAUCACAAAUCUUGUUGUGACAUAUACUCUUGUGAAACUGUGGAUUCGGAUUACCCAUUUCUUUGUGGAAAAAGAUGUCAACAGACAUUGGAGAGACUUGAAAUGCUUGUAGGGGUUAAACAUGAAAUUGGAAGUGGAUAUUUUUGCACUUUUGUUUCUAAAUCACAUUUGGGCUCGAGUGCUUCAAAAAUGGAAAGUAGGGAGGUUAAUUUGAAGCUGGUUGAUGCAUUAUCAAUAAUGGAUGAGUGCUUUAAACCAAUUUUUAUGGAUGAUAAAGGCAAGAAUAUUGAGAUGAUCCCUAGUAUUCUAUGUAGCCGUCGGUCAAACUCGCCUGCUGUGGACUAUGGAGGAUUUUUUACUGUACUUCUAGAAAAUGAAGCUGAGACGAUUAGUGUUGCUACUAUCAGGAUUCAUGCACAAGGUCGGGCAGAGAUGCCAUUUAUUGGGACACGUCUUACGUAUCGAAAUCAAGGAAUGUGUCGCUUACUCCUCAAUAUCAUUGAAUUGACACUAAGCUAUUUAAAUGUUGAGAUGUUGGUCAUACCUUCGGCCUCGGAAGUUAAAGAAACGUGGAUUUCUCGUUUUGGAUUUGAGCCAAUCGACAAAAUCACGAAAUUGCUAAUGAGGAAUAAGAAUGCAGUGGCAUUCCAUGGAACAGAUAGGUUGCAAAAAAGGAUACAAAGACAUAACUUUUGUGAUACAAGCCUCAAUUUUAUUGAAGCUCUCAACAUUGAUGAGAUCACAAAACAGAAAGUGGAAAGGCCAAUUGUAAGUGAGUCACGUGUUAGUGUUAUAACUGAAGCUGAUGAGAUUAUCAGAAAGAACGAUUGUGCUGAAAGCUCUUCAAACAGGAAGCGAAGAAGUUCAUCCAAAACAGUAACAAAUUCUGAAGAUUGUGAAUCUGAACAAGCAUCUUCAAAGCGUGCUAAGCUUGGUUUGAAAGAAACUGCACAGGGCAAUGUUGGUACUGAUUCUAUUUCUGGUGUGAAAACAAACGAUAACUUCAACGGGAGCCGCAGACGGUACUGUAUUCGAUCCGAAAAUAAACGUGAUCUAUGGAAAAGGAUGUGUGUCAACCCAUACUUGUAACUAUAUAUCGUAUGUCUUUUUUCUUUUCUGUUCUUAUCAUAUGUGUUUUAUAACUUUAAGGAUUCAUCAAAUUGUUUACUGUCUUACUAUAUUACAAAUCAACUUAACUUCUACAAAA